CUGGUGAAAGGUGACGUUGACGUGACGUUGCCAAUCGCUUCGUGUUUUGAUUUUGUUUGUAUUCGUACAAGUUUAUAACUUACAUGUUAUAUUCUUCAUAUUAUUCAUAUAAUAGUGGUAAUUUCUUUAUAUAAAGUGCAUUCAAUAUCUCCUGAACAUUAGUGUUAAUUGUUUUACAAUACAAAUGUUAUAAAAAUUGCGUCACUUUAUCAAGGGGUAUCACUGGCUAAUAGCUUCUAUUCACCAAUUUGCUGAAUUUUAUUAGAAAAUGUAGCCUCGAGAUUACAAAUUCUCAUCAAUAGUUUACACUCCGUUAUGGCGCCUUUACCGUUAGAAGGGCUACAAAACCCUGUAGCCAAUACAAUUGGCCAAGGGGCGAUGAGUGGGCCCCAAGAAGGAAACAGGGGUGGAAUGAUGUCGUUAGCCAUGCUCAUUGACUUCAUCAUUCAAAGAACAUACCAUGAAUUGACUGUACUGGCAGAAUUAUUGCCUAGAAAAACUGACAUGGAGAGAAAGAUCGAAAUUUACAAUUUUUCAACGAGAACAAGACAAUUGUUUGUUCGGCUUCUAGCGUUAGUUAAAUGGGCUAAUAGUGCUUCCAAGGUGGAAAAAUCUGCGAGAAUUAUGGGUUUUUUGGACAAACAAUCACUACUAUUCGUCGAAACAGCAGAUAUGUUAGCCAGAAUGGCUCGUGAAACACUUGUUCAAGCCCGACUACCCAAUUUUCAUAUUCCUGCUGCUGUUGAAGUUUUGACUACCGGUACUUACGGAAGAUUGCCAGCAUGUAUCAAGGAAAAGAUUGUUCCACCUGACCCCAUUACACCGCAAGAAAAGAAAAUGACACUUCUCAGACUCAAUCAAGUUAUUCAGCAUAGAUUAGUAACCGGCAACUUGAUGUCGCAAAUGAGAAAUUUGAAGAUUGAAAAUGGCAGAGUAACUUUUACAGUACAACAUGAGUUUGAGGUAGCUUUAACGGUGAUGGGCGAUGGACCCACUAUUCCCUGGAGAUUACUAGAAAUCAACAUCCUAGUUGAAGAUAAAGAAACUGGUGAUGGCAAAGCGUUAGUUCAUCCUUUGCAAGUGCAAUAUAUUCAUCAACUUAUUCAAGCAAGACUAGUAGAUAAUCCGCAGCCAUUGGCAGAAGUUUACAACUGCUUGCACUUUUUUUGCCAGUCGUUACAAUUGGAAGUUUUAUACUCGCAGACCUUACGACUAAUGCGAGACAGAUUAGACGAUCAUAUUCACGUGGAUGAAUACAUUCCCGGGCGAAGCUUGACGGUCUCGUAUUGGCGCGAUUUGAGGUCAGAAAUUGGCUAUAAAUUGACUGUUCAAGUAGAUCAGCAUGAUCCCGCAAGACCUCUGGCGGUUUUGCAUGUCCCUUCAUUAGGGAAUAAGGAAUCUGAAAUAGCAGACCGAGCUAUAAGAAGUGAAGUGCUAUCAAUGGAACGUUUGCUAGUUCAUACAAUUUAUAUGCGUACUCGUAGUCGAUUGGAUGACAUACAAUUGGAGCUGCAAGAGCUGAUCAAAAACGCUGAAUGCUUAGUUCAAGGAUCACCAGCCGUUCUCAAUGUGGCUAUCUUACAGCCUUGCUUAAGGGCUGAACAGGUUCUAAUAACUAUCGAUACUCAUACUGGUAUGAUUCAAUGCCACGUUCCUCUGUAUGAUCCGCCAAUAGUGCCCGAGAUCAAUAACAUUUUGAAUGGGAAUCGAGCGAAACUCUUACCGUACAUAUCAGAACUAAGGUAUUGGAUUACCAAAAGAAGAUGCGAACAAACUUUGCAACAUCUACCAGCGUCUGCUCAUGAACGGUUACCACUUCUUCACGCUCCUGAUCAUCCUAUUACUAAAAUUGGAAAGCACAACAUGUAUAUUCAGUUCCAUAGGCAUACCAACGUAAUACUUAUAGUCGAAUUUAAGGAAAAAGAAAGCAAUCCUUGUAUAGUUGAUUGUUCAUUUCAUCUAUGCGUAGUAAAGCAUUCCAGUAUUGAAGAUAAUCCGAAAGACGAUUCUAUAGAAACGGAAAUACCAAAGGUGUUCCUUAAAGUUCAAACUCUCAUCGAAUUUGAUACAUUUGUUGCAACACACGGACCCUUCACUGCCAUAGAUGGUGAUUCAGACGACCAAGCAGAAGCUCACCCGCUAAAACGUAAAGGAGAAAUGGUAAUAGAAUCGGCCACGAAACGCAAUAAACAGCCGGCUUAUUUCAUUCCGGAAUUAGCUCAUGUGGUGGCUAUGUGCGACGAGCGUUUACCCUACGUUACAUUGGCUAGUGAAUUGACCAGAAGAGACAUUUUCCAUCAAGGCCUGCAAGUGGAGGCAAACGCAACUGGUUUAGUAUUGAAAUUAAUUCAGUUGCCCCCUCCAACAUCUGAAAUAGGAGGUUCUGCUGCGUGGUUCGCUCUACUGAAGCGACUGUUAUCCGUUUCUAUUCGAGUUGUGGGAAAAAAUAAUGCAAAAAGUUGGCUGGUCGAGUUUGUGUUUUACGCGUCACCGUUAACCAGUAGCCAUGCGAAGGAACAGGGAUCCCGAAGGCCGAUCUACUUCCAAUACGAAAUGCUAAGCGCCGAUCAAACUUCGAAAACCGUGGAAAACCUGUUAAAUGAUUGGUGGAAAAUAGUCCAGCUUUAUACACUGGUACAUGAUUUGAGCGAGUAUCUGAAAAUGGAUAAGUUUAGCUUCUUCUGUAAUAUGUUUUCAAUCCGCUGUUACAACUAUGCGAAGUUAGUCAUAUGCUAUGGGCCAGAUAAGGGAGCAAUGGUGUCCUUGGUGUGGGAUUGCAAAAGUAAUUUAUUCAAGCUGACGUUCGGCGCGAUGCAGAACUCACUGAACGCUCACUCAUUAAUUCAAGAACAGCUAGAGUCGCACUUGAAUGAAUUUAGAAACUUGGCUCAGAUAAUUCAGCUGCUAACAGAAACAUACGAGCCUUUAGUAUCCCUAAGCAAAUUGCCCACUUUACCGCAACUGGGAGUCCAUAAUGUGAACCACAAGGUACCCGUUCAAACUUUCACAAUCAUGGCUCAAUCGUGCAUACUGAUUCGCUUGACAUUUCAAGGAAUGUAUUGCUUAGAGUUGAAAAUUCGGGGCGGUGGACUAGUUUCAAUACGGGAUGGUGCUUACAGCCUGUUUGACAUGUGCAACGUAUUGAGUGUCUUUUUUCCCACGCCGGGUUUGAAAACGUUUUUGUCCAAGUAUAUUGAUGAAAAUGCUGUUUUCCGACGUAGGAGUCAAAGUGAAGAUGACAAUCCGCCGAGUCCCGUAGAAAUUGAUGGAGGCAAUUUCUUGGGUUCGCAUCGACCUCCGCAGUCUCCAGCUGGUGGAUCUAGAUCAGAACCAGGCCUUCGUUUCCAUCCGCCAUUGACUCCCCCAUCUGGUUCGAAUCCGCAUACUCCAGCGUCACCUCACACCGCCAAUAUGUCCCAGACCACCCAUAAUGGGUUUGGCUCCAGUCCUGCCACAUCUUUUAAUUUGGCUUCUCCGACAUCCCUGUCCAGCAAUAUUAAUCCUAGCCCGAUGCCACAUCCCAGUCCAUCCGGUUUGGUUCCCAAUUCUCCUCUUAAUCCCCAGUUGGCUAGUCCGGGAGGUUUGCUAAGUAAUUCAAGCCCUGGUCCUCAACAAGGAGGAACUACCAAUAUUCCUGGACAUUCGCCGGUUGGCAGCUACAUUCCAUCUAAUCAUACGGAUGGGAGUCCUUUUCCAGCAUCUCAAAGUCCUGCGGCUUCAAACUGGCCCGGUUCGCCUGGAAUGCCGAGACCGUCUCCAGUAAGACCCGGCCAAUCUCCCGGGGGCCCGGUCUUGCACAGUCCCCAACAAAUGGAUUUAAAAUCCGGAAAUCAUUUGGCUAGAGUAUUGCCACCCCGAUCCUGGGCUGGAGCAGUUCCAACGUUACUCACUCAUGAAGCUUUGGAAACGCUAUGCUGUCCAUCACCGCAUCCUCUUGGUAUCCCCGGACCUGAAAUGAGUCCUUUAGAGCGUUUCCUGGGCUGUGUCUGCAUGAGGAAACAGCUGCAACGUUUCGUUCAUAACGAAAACUAUCUGACGAUUAUUUCAACACAAGAGCCUGGAGUGAUUCACUUCAAAGUCAAUGACAUUCUACAAUGCAGAGUGGGUUUGAACACCCAACAUUUGCAAAGUCUUCACAUUAAAAUCUCCCAAUUGGCCGAGCACAAGGAAAUAUGGUCACCUGAAGAACUGCAGGUUUUGGAACGAUUUUUUGAAACCAGGGCAGCCGCGCCGCCUUACAAGCCUACGUCCAUGUUUACGUUCUGUAGCAUGCUGAAUUCGCCUCCAAACGUACUUAAGGACUUCAUACAAAUUAUGCGUCUCGAUAUGAUGCCGCAUUUAGCUCAACAACAAGGUAUGAAGUGGUCAGUCCAGUGGCUGCUGAGGAUUCCACCAAAUGCCCUACCGAUUGUACCUACUGGUACUCAAGGGGUUCUGGCUAUUAGGAAUAAAAUUUUGUUUUUCAUACAAAUAACCAGGCUUGGUUAUCCUGCCAAUGCAGACCCGCCCUCCAUUGUUCUGCCUCUUAUCUACGACAUUGCCGGUAAUAUAACCCAAUUAGCUGAAAAGCGAGAUAUCGGGUCUCCUCCUGCAAUGACCGCGGCCGGCCAAGUGUUGCGCCACUUUUGCCAAAUGCAGGCUGGAACGGUUGAAUGUACAGUUUAUCCUGCUCUAAGAGAAAUCCUAAUGAACCUCACGUUUCCAUCCGAUCCACAACAGCCGUCGCCCCAGCAGGGCGGAGUGCAACAGAUUCAGUCUCCGGCAAUGUCGAUGCCUGGACAAGGCGGAAAUCCUGGCUAUCCCCCUCAUAUGCAGGUAGGAAUGAUGGGGCCCCAAUAGUAUUUGCUGGAACAGGCGUGUUGGGGACAGAUAAGACGUAACUCGUUCUAAGAGGCAGCAUGGUGGAAGUACAAUUUGUAAAAAUGAAAUUGCAUUCUUUAAUUGUGAGAACUUACACUUGUAAAUAUCAUAACUAUUUUUAAUAGCGCGAACAUAAGUGCUCCAUGUGAGUAAGUUCUUGUACAUUUUCUAUUUUAAUAUUCAAUGUGGCUGUUUACAAUGCAGCAGUUUGAGGUUGUUUUUUUUUAAUUGAUGAGGGCCAUUUGCAAAGUUAAAAUGUAAAAUAUAUGGCUUAAUAA